GCCUCUACGUUCCGCGCGGGAGCCCACGCGCGGUUCGUCCGGAGCCCACAGACCAGAGGCACAGGUCCCCAGCCCCCACAGACUUUUCGGUGUUGGCGCCAGUCCGCGGAGGAGCGGACAUGAGUAAAAGCCAGGAUGAAGUUCCUGAUGAAGUUGAGAACCAGUUUAUAUUGCGUCUGCCUCUGGAACACGCUUGUACUGUCAGGAACCUAGUACAUUCUCAAAGUGUCAAGAUGAAGGAUAAACUAAAAAUUGACUUACUGCCUGAUAGGCGCCAUGCAGUUGUUGAAGUAGAAGAUGUUCCACUAGCUGCUAAGCUAGUUGAUUUGCCUUGUGUUAUUGAAAGCCUGAGAACGCUUGAUAAAAAAACUUUUUAUAAAACAGCAGACAUUUCUCAGAUGCUUGUGUGCACUACUGAUGGUGAUACCCACCCUUCUCCAGAAGAAUCAGCUGCCUCUGCUGAUCCUAAUAUAACCAGGAAAAAAGAAAGGGGGAGAGAGAAAAAAUAUGUCUGGCAGCAUGGCAUUACUCCACCACUUAAGAAUGUCAGAAAGAAAAGGUUCCGGAAAACACAAAAAAAGGUCCCUGAUGUCAAAGAAAUGGAAAAAAGCAGCCUUCCUGAGUACAUUGAAUCUCCAGAUGUGGAAAAGGAAGUAAGGAGACUGCUGCGUUCAGAUGCUGAAGCCAUAAGUACCCGUUGGGAAGUCGUUGCUGAAGAUGGAACCAAGGAAAUAGAAAGUCAAGGCUCCAUCCCAGGAUUUGUGAUAUCCUCGGGAAUGAGCAGCCACAAGCAGGGUCAUACCUCAUCAGAAUAUGAUAUGCUUCGGGAGAUGUUCAGUGAUUCUAGAAGUAACAAUGAUGAUGAUGAGGAUGAGGAUGAUGAAGAUGAGGAUGAGGAUGAGGAUGAGGAUGAGGAUGAAGAUGAAGAAGAAGAAGAAGAGGAAGAUUAUUCUGAAGAGUAUCUGGAAAGGCAGCUUCAGGCCAAGUUUAUUGAAUCUGGCCAGUAUAGGGCAAAUGAAGGUACCAGUUCAAUAGUCAUGGAAAUUCAGAAGCAGAUUGAUAAAAAGGAGAAAAAGCUCCAUGAGAUUCAGAAUAAAGCACAAAGACAGAAGGAUCUCAUCAUGAAAGUGGAAAACCUGACACUCAAGAAUCAUUUUCACUCUGUGCUGGAGCACCUUGAGAUACAGGAAAAAAAAAAAAAUGAGAAGCUCAUUUCCCUACAGGAACAAUUGCAGCGUUUUCUGAAGAAGUGAGGUGAGCCAUUGGCCUGGCACACAAACCUUGGAUCCACCAUCCAGACUGAAGACUGGAUGAAACUCUGCAUGUUUCUGUCCCUUCCGUUGCCUUAUGUUGAAUCAGUUAUAUUUAUCUGUACCUUCUUUGCUACUUACAAUACGCUCAAAGUUUGUAGUCAUGUAGAAAAGGCCAGUAUAAAAAUACAGUAGACUUAGAUACCCCACACGACCAUGAGACUUUCUCUUUGUCAAUUUGGGAAUUAUUAUUAUUAAUUUAGAAAUGGGGUCUUGUUAGGUUGCCCAGGCCGAAUUCAGACUCCUGGGCUUAAGGGAUCCUCCUGCCUCAGCCUCCUGAGUAGCUGGGACUACAGGUGUGCACCAGCACACCAAACAAGAAUUGAUUAUAUUGCUUCUGUGCUAUGGUACCAGCAGAUGAUUCAGUCAUGCUUCCAAAGGCAGUCUAGUCUAGAGGCCAUACAGCUGUUUGGUUUGCAUAUGUUUUAGCUUUUCUUUUGGUUUUUAGUAUUUCCUAAAACAUAGGGGAAAAAACGAGGUCAUUUCUACUAAACACUAGAACCUGCCACAGUGAG